CUCGAUUUCGAAUUCUGGAUACAUUCAUUUUGUGCUCAUCUUUUUUUCAUUUUAUUCGAUUGCGUUAUUUAUGGGACUCUUAGUUCAUACUAUAAUUCAAAUGAGCUGAAACACAAUAGUAAAAUAUCCCGUACAACAUUCAUAGGCCUGACGAAACUAGAAUUAUUAGGUAUUGUGAGACGAAGAUACAUUUAAAUAAAGGAAUGUAAGCCAUCUAGUUGUUUAAUCAAAUGAGCGGAACAUAUCGAAAAAUUAAUGAGCUGAACUUGUAUUUAAAGAAAUCAUUAACGGCAGCCAUCAUUAUCAUAAGGCUGCGCACCAAUUCAUUUCAGCUAUUAGUUUUCCAGGGUCGAAAUAUUGGGCAUUGUAUGGUACUAGCUAUUAACAAUAUUUGAACUGUGACGUAACUCAUUCGGAACUUUAGAAUGUCAACUUGUCUCGAUUGUUAGAUUGUCUUGUCCUCACGUUUGUGUUAUUUCUAAUUGUUGCCGAUUCUCUUCUCCUGACGCUACACUAGCACACAAUCCACUUGCAGACUAAAUGUAAACUUGUUGAAAACUGAAUAUUAUAGUUCUUUAACUAUUUUAUGGGCUCAUGUUAAUACUUCGAGCCGUUGUUUUCCUGAUCUCGAGCCUUUUCUUUUCCGAGUUUUUAUCAUAAUUACACUUUUGAUCAACGGAACCACAUGGUCUGCAGACCGUUCUCCAAGCACUCAAUUAAGUGGAAAUAAUUGAUAAAGGUGCCCUAUUAUCUACUUUGUCGCCUGUCAGAGAGAAUUAAUGCAAACUUCACCAUUUACGUUGCUUUGUGUCUUAAAUGUUGCUGAACUGUCUGCUUUUCGUCUAAAUACUCUUCGGAUUAUCACCUUGAAUUUUCAACACACCUUUUGUCUAUCCCCAAAUGUCUCCCAUGUUCGCCUUUAUUUGCAUAAAAGGCCACACGACAACUGCAAUUGUUGUUAAAAAUAUCAGAUUUUUAAAGAAAUUUAUUGAACUUGUUACACCUGCCAUUAUCGUUGAUUGUUGCAGCUACUGGAUUCAAUGAAGAAGAUGGAGACAUUAAAAUCACUUACGAACUUCACUGACAGGUUUUACGAACAAAUAAUCAAUGAAACUCAUAGUCAAUGGGAAAAUGUUUUUCUCUCUCCGUUCAAUAUCUAUACUGCCCUCGGAAUAGUUCUUUCUGGCAGUGGAAACAAUACGAAAGCCGAGAUGAUAAAGGCAAUGCAACUGUCCGACUGUUUAGAACAUGAUAAAGUUCAUCGUGAGAUUGGUCAACUUCUCAAUGAUUGUUCGAAAUCUAGUGAAGGUGUUAAUAUGAUCCUUGCUAAUAGAUUGUUCGUUGCACAAAAUGUGAGAAUCAAGGAGCAGUUCAAAACUAAUCUGAAGACAUACUACGAUGCUCCAACAGAACAUGUGGCAUUUCAGACUGACAUAGAAGGUUCUCGAAACCGGAUAAACCAGUGGGUCAGUAAACAAACUAAAGGACAAAUUCAAGAACUGCUUCCACCCGGUUUUUUAACAAAGGACACGUGUGCUGUAGUGACAGCCACUACAUACUUCAAAGGUUUGUGGAAUAUGUGUUUUCCUGAGGAUAACUCACAUACUAGCGAGUUUUAUGAAUUGAAUGGAUCAAAAAUGAGUGUGAAGUUGAUGUAUAACGAAUCAUUUUUCGAUAUGGUCAGUUUACCCCACUUAAAGUCACGUGCUGCAAAGAUACCAUUUAAAGACCCUAAGUUUACUUUAUUGAUCGUUCUUCCAGAUGCAAAUGACGGAUUGCCAGAUUUACUGGAUUCGAUGUAUAAACAUGGUGGAAUUUCUUCAAUACUUUCCACGAGUUUUGAAAAUACAAAAUUGCGUUUGUAUUUGCCUAAAUUUAAAUUAAGAGAAGGUAAUGCAAUAAAACUGAAAGAUCAUCUGCAGAAAUUGGGAAUAAACGAUGCAUUCUGUGAUUUGUCAGCUGACUUUUCAAAUAUUUCUGACUCAGAUAGGUUGUUUAUUUCAGAUGUGAUACAUAAAGCUAUUUUUGAAGUGGAUGAAAAAGGUGCAGUGGCGGCUGCAGCUACAGCAACACAAAUGGUAUUCUGCACAUCUAUAAGACCUCACAAACCUGUACCAGAAUUUCGUGUUGAUCAUCCAUUCUUUAUUUCAAUUGUUUGGAAUAAUUGUCUACCAAUAUUUCUUGGACAUAUUACAUCACCAUUGAAUGACUAAUAAUAAGAAAACUUGAUCAUUUAUUAGCUUACGAGAAUGAUUAAAUUGCCUACUAUUUAUUUUGUUAUUCAUAUAUAACUAGUAAUAAUUUUAAUGAAAGAAUUCAUAUAACUUUUAUUUCUGUGAUCAGGUAUUUUUCUAAAAUGUUUAAAUGAUUUUUUAAACUUUUCUAUAAUAUGACUUUUAUGUUCACAUGGUUUCUGAUUAGUAACUAAUAUAACUUCGUUCUGUUGUUCA